CACACUCGGACACAUGUCAUUGUUACACGGUGGGAACGUACACAUUUCAGCAUGGCUUUAGAGAUGAUCAACUUUGUCUUCUAAUUUGUUUUUCAUAGCAAUUUUUAAAAUGCGCAGUCAUUUAUGUAGUUAUUUUAUCACUUUGGUUUGACCAAACAUUAUAUUCGUUCGUUUGUUCAAGAUUAGCGAAGAGUGCAGCUAAAGCAUCGUGGAAAUAUAGCUUGCAUCUGCUCUGUAUCUUACCCAAAUAUAACAGAUAAUUUUGUUAGAUAUUUACAAUGUCAGCGAUUGUGUCAACAAGUAGCAGCCACGGACAGAAGCCCAAAGGUGACAAGAAAAAUAAGACCGUUAAAAAGAAAAAGAAAGAACUCUGUAUAAAUUUUAAGAAGAAAAAAUCUCAAGAAAAGCAACAUCAGAAAAGCCAUAUAGCCUACCAGAUAUUACCACCAGCAGAUGCUCAACAGUUUUCUGCCAACUGGAAAACAUUACAAGAGAUGUUAAAGAAGCAUCCAGAGAAACCACAGCGACAGAAUGGUGCUCCUAAGGAGAAAUCUACAAAAAAUUCUACUAUUAAUGACAAGGGGAUCCACCAGAAAAGGGACUUUGUGAAACCUGCAAAGAAGAUUGUUAAGAGCAGUUCUGCUAAAGACCUAACUGUGAACAAUGACCCUGUUCAUGAGACCAGUAGAACUUCCAUUGCUACAAAGAAAAGAAAAUUGGACUUAAAGAAUACACAGGGCAAAAAACAAGAAUCAAAAAAACUUAAAACAGAGACCAAAACAAAGAAGCCCACAGAAGAGGACAUCUGGUUUGAUGAUGUUGACCCUGAUGACAUGGAGGCAACGGUAGGAGCAGAAGCAGCAGAAAUCAUGAGGAAGAAACUGGGAAUUCACCAGAGUAAGGAUGUGGAGAAUGCACUGGUCAAAGAGAAGGCAUUUGAAGGCCUGACAAAAGCUGUAGCCAUUGACUGUGAGAUGGUUGGAGUUGGUCCAGAUGGAGAGGACAGCAUCUUGGCUCGUGUUUCUCUCGUAAACCAGUUUGGGAAAUGUAUUUAUGACAAGUAUGUAAAACCAACGGAAAAGGUGACUGAUUACAGAACGCAUGUCAGUGGGAUACGGCCAGAGGACAUCAAAGAUGGUGAGGAUAUAGACACAGUGCGCAAAGAAGUUGCUGAAAUCCUACGAGGCCGAAUUGUGGUUGGCCAUGCCAUCCACAAUGACUUGAAGAUUCUACUUUUGGAUCAUCCGAAAAAGAAAAUCAGGGAUACACAGAAGUAUGAGGCUUUUAAGAAAAUGGCAAAGAGUGGUCGUCCAGCGCUGAGAGUGCUCUGUAGAGAAGUUCUAAAUGUUAAAGUCCAACAAGGCGAACACUCAUCUGUUCAAGAUGCACAGGCCACUAUGCGACUUUACACAACGGUGAAGAAGCAGUGGGAAGCACAGAUUAAGGCAGGAAUAAAGAACAAAGGCUCAGACAAAAAGAGGAGGAGAAAACCUGCUCUGAGCAAAACCACGACUGUGCAGACAGGCCUGCCCCCCUGACCGAAGGUGAUGCUCGGACUCAAAAGUUUGCUUUCUUUAAUAGAAACAACUAAUGGCUCCCAUAGAUACAUGCAUAACUAACUGGAUGAAUUGGUUUGGUAAUACCUUUACAAUAUACAGCAUUUUUGUUAUAAAAAGACAUUGUUACGCCAAAAAGUACAUUCGUCAUUUUUAUUUAUAAUCGCACCAUAACAUUUUAUGUAUAUGUAACGUAACAUGUUACAUGUAAUGCCACAUACUUAUUUGUUUUGUUCCAAACAUUCAGCAUUGGUUAUGCAACAAAUACAUUCUUUACAAAAGUUUGUGAUUUAUUUCAGCCCAUCUGUUUAUUUAUUUUAAAAAAACAAACUUAUAAUUGGCAUUCACUCAAAAACAAAAAGUGGAGUAUAAGGUGUGUGGGCAGAGACACAGGCUGUGACUAUGAAAGUGCUGAAGAUGCAGUGAGGUUAUUGCUGCUGCAGCCACUGUGUGCCCAGGGAGUGUCCCUGUGAUUUGUGCUUCAUGAAUGUGCCCUGCAGACUGUAAAUAAUGUUUCAUUUCAAGGCACCAGGCAAACUAAAACUCUGUGGUCUGUGCAAUGCAGCCAUUAGGAAUCAAAUAAUUUCAUAAUAAAACUAAAAAUGUUUUAAUCUUUUCUCUAAA